UUUCGGCUGGAUCGGGUCGAGUCAUUUCCGCUGGAUGUUUGGGCACGUGCUCUCUCCUUCCCUUUCACCUGCUCUGUUCUUCUUGCAUUCAAGUGCAGGCAUCAAGGGCGGUUCAAGGAUUCAAAGUAACCAUGGUUUUGCGCGACGUAGCUCCUCAAUCACUCGCGUUCCUCUUUCUGUUUCCAUUGCUGCUUCGUCGUCUUCUUCUUCUUCUUCCUCCUUCGUCGGUGGUUCCGGCGCUGAAUACUCUGAGCCAGUGUAUGAUUCCAAAGCUAAACAGAGGAGGAAAAUAGCCGGUAUAGAUCAAGAAGAAUUGUUGGAGCCUAUAAGUUUGGCUGAUCCUGAUAGCUGCUUCUGUAAGUUUAAUGAUUUGGAAGUACAUUACAAGGUUUAUGAUCCGGAAUUACAAGGGGACUCCUUAUGUCAGACUCGAACUCCAACCCCGACCCCUGAUCCACCAGCUCUGCCAUUAACUUCAAUUCCUCAUCGAACUAACAAGAUUGGUCUUCCUAUGAUUCUCUUGCAUGGCUUUGGAGCUUCUGUUUUCUCAUGGAAUUGGGUGAUGAAGCCUUUAGCUGAUAUCACUGGUUCCAAAGUCCUGGCAUUUGAUCGACCAGCCUUUGGAUUGACGUCAAGGGUAGAUUAUUUGGGGAAUUCUUCAGCUGGUACCAAGGAUAAAAAACCUCUAAAUCCAUACAGCAUGGCGUUUUCAGUCCUUGCUACUCUGUAUUUCAUCGGUUUCUUAGGAGCUGAAAAGGCAAUAUUAAUUGGGCAUUCAGCAGGUUCGCUUGUGGCAGUAAAUUCAUAUUUCCAAGAUCCACAAAGUGUUGCUGCUUUAAUUCUUGUUGCCCCAUCAAUUCUGGCUCCUUUAGGAGGAGGUAGAUUGCCCCGGGACAACCCGGUCCAAGAGAACGUCUCUGAUUCAAAUGUUGUAGGGAAUCCGAUAAUUCACCUGUUCAAGAUUCUGUCAACGGUGGCCAAGUACAUUGUGCAGUCGAUAAUGCAGAUGAUGAAAAGAAUUCUCGGAAUCGUCGACUUCUUCUACAUAAAACUUCUGUCAGCUUUUCUUCGUUCAACCUUGAUUCUAACGUUGGUACGGAUAAUUAUAGAUAAAGCUGGUAUUGUCGCUAUCAAGAAUGCUUGGUACGAUUCUGCUCGAGUAAAUGAGCAUGUUCUACAUGGCUAUACAAAGCCAUUGAGGACAAAAAACUGGGAUAAGGCACUUGUGGAAUUUGUUGCAGCAAUGCUUACGGAUAGAACUUCCCCGCCACUUUCAAAAAGACUUCAUGAAAUUUCCUGUCCUGUUCUUAUUAUAACCGGUGAUAGUGACAGACUCGUGCCAUCUUGGAAUGCUGUGAAACUUUCUCAAGCCAUACCAGGAUCUCACUUGGAGGUGAUCAAGCAAUGUGGUCACCUACCUCAUGAAGAAAAGGUAGAUGAGUUUGUAUCAAUUGUUCAGAAGUUCUUGUACAGAGCUUUCGUCGAUUCGCAGGAACAGUGAUUUAAACCGUUUCCAAGGCCUCCAUGUUGUUAGAUUUGCUUAAAACUUGGGAGUUUUGAGCAUUUAAUUUGUCAGAAUUUGCUUCUUGAUUUGGAUGAUGGUCCUAUUCUUACUAUUGUGGUGAAAUGGUUGAACCAUUUUGUUGAGAAAGUUUAACUCAGUUUAUUACCUAUCCUAUGUAUUUCGAAGGUCCUAUGAAAAGGGUUUGUGUGAGAGAACAGAUAGCCAGAAAGAAAAGAGAGACUUUCUAAGAGUGUUUGCUUAUAUUCUUUUAUAAAUACUUGAAUAAAAGUUGUUCCUUUUGGCCGAGGUAGGCGGUAGUGUUGAACCACUAUAAUCUUUCCAGCUAUUGUUGGUUGUUUGCUCAA